UCAGCGUCAACAUUACUGCCACACCAGCUUUCGUCACCGGAAAACAACGGGGAAGAUCAUCAUACAAGGGAGCUUAAAAGAACCAUCACCAUCAGCAGCAGUAGCAGCAGCACCAAACGUGUAUCCAAAAAUUGGGUCAAGAAGCAUCUACCUUUCCCAAGCACAGGCAUUUAAACACUCCUAGAUAGGAGACACUCUUCCAGGCAUGACCUGAGAGGAGAGGCAGGUUGUCGCUCUUUCUCCAUCAACAUGGGUAACCAGGAGGCAAAGCAAAAGAAAACUGCAGCAUCAAGCAAUGGAAGCUACCCAUCACUAGAUGAAGGAUGUAGAGAGGGAGGAGGGGACAUAACAAAAAAGGGAGGAAAGAAACUCCACGGUAAGCAUGGAGGUAAAGGAACAGCCUUUGGAGGAGGAGGAAGAGGGGUGACACACGGCACAGGACAAGGUAAAAAUAAAAAUAAAUCCGAGUCCAAGUCUUCUGUUUUCUCCAUCCGGAAGCGAAAGGGCAACCUUAAAGGAAAAGGAGACGUGUGUUCAUCAGUGACAGGCUCAAAGGAGGACGUUUUAGCAUUUCAGCGUGAUGAAUUGGAUCGCACAAAAACACCUGAUCUGUCUGCAGAUGAGCUGGGCCAGUCAGACACUGAGAACACCUUUCCUGAGAAGAGAAAGAAGCAGGGGAAAAGGGAUGGAGAUGAAGGUGAGCAGAUGCAGCAGAAAGCUUCAACAGCAACCUCUCCUGCAGAGGAUGGAGGGCAGAAGGGAGGGAGCUCUGGGUCAGACACAGACAUUUACAGUUUCCACUCAGCAGCUGACCAUGAGGAUUUGCUUGCGGACAUCCAGCUUGCUAUAAGGCUCCAGCACCAGCAGCAUGGGGGAGGUAACCCACUUAUAGAAACGCAAGGAGAGGGGGGAGGGGAUUUGAUCUGGGGAGGAGGAGAGGGAAGGAGGAAACAGGGUAAUGGGGUAGUUAAAUUAACUCCUCCUAAGGUGCUUGACCUAACCCCAGAAUUAGAGCUAGGGUCUGAUGCUUUGACAUUCCUAGAGGCUGGAACUAUUACUGGCUCUGUGAAGCAAAAUGAGCCACCUCUCACACUGCACCACUCCUUCUUUACAGAGGUGCAUGAGAAGAAUGAAGACGUGUGUCUGGAGCUGAAGGGACAGGGGGAAAGAGAAGCUGCUCUUUGUGUUGCCACAGGCACGAAAGACCAGCAUGCUUUGCUCCAGCAGCCCCCUCACACAGACAUUUCCAUAACUGCUGAAGGGGGGGCAGCAGCCUGCCUGGUCACCAUGACGACUGUUGGUAACGGCUUCCACAAUCUCACAUUUGAUAGUGCUGGAAAAAUCCCAGGGGAGGAGUCAUUAGGAGAAACCCAGCAGGAGGAGGACAGAGAGCUUGAAAUGGAUGCUAAUCUCAGUCCUCCAUUGGCAAGUUACCAUAAAAGUCCUGAAACCACAGAGGAGCUGAGUUCAAGGACUGUGUUUGAAGAAGUUGAGGUUCACUUGGGCUUGGGUACCAGUGCUGAAUCUCUCGAGGACUGUCUGAGUGCUGGCUCAGAACCCACCCACUCUGCUGGCACCAAGGCUUCCCUCUCCAACCAGCAGUUCAGGAGGAGCAGCAUCUGCUUCAGCCCGAUGCCUCCUCAGGAGAACCCCACAUUGGCUAAAAGACUCUUCAAGUCCAUCCACCCCUCCACCUCUUCUAGUCCUGUGGUGAAACCCUACCCACCCAUUUUCCCAUCCUACAUCAAAACAACUACAAGACAACUCAGUUCCCCAGGACACUCCCCAUCUCACAGCCCCCUCUCCCCACGUAGAGCUCACCAUCACUUCCACAGGACAUUGGCUGAGGGUCAGCAGGUGCGCAGAAAACGCUCUAGAAGUCUUGCUAGCCCACUGAGUCGCUCAGCUGACUGGACAGAAGAGCUUGAGAGGAGGCUGCGGAGCAGAGAGGAGGAUGGAGAGGGCUCAGGAGAAUAUUUGGUGAGCUACAGAGGAGGAGGCAGCCAGCCAAUCUGUGCAACCAGAAGAUUUUCAUGUGGACAAGUAUCUACUUGUGGUUUUCAGGAUGUCUUUACGGGUCAAACUCUUCUGGACAAGUUGUUCUUGCAACAGCAGCAGGAGGAGCCAGAGGAGGCCGAGAGGCUCUGUUCCAGGAUCUUAGCCAUGGGUCUCCUGCUGCCAUUUACCGACUGCUUCAAAGAGCAACUGGGGGGCAGCACUGCCCACAUCACUUCCACUGCAUCAGUCAAGUUUGAUCAUGACCAACUGUACACAUGGGCAGCUGUCAACCAGCCACCACUCUCUAUGGAUCUCUGUGAGGGGAAACUACCAGGUCUGAUCAAGAGCCCUUGGUCUCCAGCCAAACCAGGUGGAGACCACAGGAAUGGACUUAAAUCCACAGAGGAAGAACACCGUGCAGCCAUCUUGGUUUUGAGGCAGCAACAAGUGAACAAAGAAGAUGAAUGUAUCCUUCCUUCAACAAAACUGAAAGAAAAACAUGUCAAUGUCAUCCAACAGCUGGAACAAACCAUAGAAGAUCUCAGGACUAAGAUUGCUGAGCUGGAGCGACAGCCUCCUCUUCUGGACAGAGACGGUAUAAAAUCCACCACAUCCACCACAGACAGAGAGUGUGGAGGAGAGGAAGACCUGCUAAGGGCUGUGUGCGAUGCUAACCUUCAAACAGAGGUGGCCCCCUCUCCAGAAAGCCUGGAAGCAAAGUCAGUGCAGACCUCGCCCAUGGAUGACAGGUUUACGUUCAAAGUGCCUUGUAGUAAUCAAGAUGGGGUUGACAGAUUCUUGCAGUCUGUGCCCAGGCAGGAUGGCUUGCAGUGCUCAUGUCAGCUGCAGCCUCCUCCUCCCCCUCCACCUCCACCUCCUCCUAGAAGUGGAGUGGAGGCAGCAAUCGGCCCAGGGCAGACUGUGGCACCUCCUCCUCCACCUCCGCCUCCACCUCCUCCUCCUCCGCCCUUACCAGGAGUAUUAGUCCCAGUUCCUCCAUCUCCUCUUCCACCAGGUUCAGCAGUUCCUCUACCUAUCCUGGGUGGACUGGCUCCAUCCCCAUUGCCUCUUCCACCUCCACCUCCACCUCUCCCUGAUUAUCUUGCUCCACCCCCACCUCCUCCUGCCAUUCCUAGUGGUCUUGUCCCAGACCUACCCCCUCCUCUUGCAGUUGGCACAGUUCUACCUUCCGUUCCUCCUUCUCUAUUACCAGGACUUCAAGUCCCACCUCCACCUCCACUUCCAGGCUGUGGGCCUCCCCCUCCUCCCCCUCCUCCUCCCCCUCCUCCCCUAGGAACCAUCUGUGUUCCUCCAGCUCUUCCAGGAGCUCUGGGUUCCCUGCCUCCUCCACUACCACCAGGGCUGUACUCUCUGGGUCUAACUCAGGAGAAACCACCAAGGAAGGCUGUGGUGGAGCCACCAAGGGCAAUGAAGCCUCUCUAUUGGACCAGGAUCCAGCUCCACACCAAAAAGGAGAUUUCUUCUUCACUUGUGUGGGAAACAAUUGAGGAGCCUGAAGUAGACUUUGAGGAGUUUGUGGAAUUGUUCUCCAAAACAGCUGUGAAGGAGAAGAAGCAGCCGCUGUCUGACACCAUAACCAAAUCCAAGGCCAAACAGGUUGUGAAGCUCCUAAAUAAUAAGCGUUCUCAGGCUGUAGGAAUCCUCAUGUCUUCGCUUCACCUUGACAUGAAAGAUAUUCAGCAUGCCAUCCUGAACUUGGACAACACUGUAGUUGACCUGGAGACUCUGCAGGCCCUGUAUGAAAACAGAGCACAACAGGAAGAGCUGGACAAGAUCGAAAAGCACAUUAAGUCCACUAAAGACAAAGAGAACGCCAAGCCUCUGGACAAACCAGAACAAUUUCUCUACCAGCUUUCCUUGAUCCCAAACUUCUCCAGUAGAGUAUUCUGCAUUCUUUUCCAGUCUAGCUUUUAUGAGUGCAUGUCAUCUAUCACAAGAAAACUGGACACACUGCAGAAAGUAUCCAAGGGAUUACAAGAUAGUGAGACGGUGAAGAAGGUUCUAAGUCUGAUUUUGGCCUUUGGUAACUUUAUGAAUGGUGGUAAUCGAACCAGAGGCCAAGCUGAUGGCUUCACACUUGACAUCCUGCCCAAACUUAAAGAUGUCAAGAGCAGCGACAGUAUGAAAAGUCUUCUGUCUUACAUUGUUGCAUACUACCUCAGACACUUUGAUGAGGAUGCUGGCAGGGAAACAAGUGUGUAUCCUCUCCCUGAGCCUCAUGACUUGUUCCAGGCUUCACAGAUGAAGUUUGAAGAUUUUCAGAAAGACCUGGCACGACUCAGGAAGGACCUGAGAGCAUGUAUAUCAGAAGUGGCAAAAGUGUGUAAAGUUUCAGAUGAGGAGAACUUGGAGCCUUUCAAAGAAAAAAUGGAUGAUUUCCUCACACAAGCUAAAAGUGAACUGGAGAUGCUGGAUUCUCAACUCAGCAGCACUCACAAAUUGUUCCUGGAGCUCACAGUAUUUUUCUCAGUGAAAACCAAGGCAGGAGAGAAAGAAGUUUCACCCAACAUGUUCUUCUCCAUCUGGCAUGAGUUCUCCUCUGACUUCAAGGACCAGUGGAAGAAGGAGAACAAAGCAAUUCUCAAGGAGAGGUUAAAAGCAGCAGAAGAGUGUUUCCGGCAGGCCAAGGAGAAGGCUUCCUACAGUGUCAAACCCAAACAAUCAUCGGGCAUUAAAGCCAAGCUUGGCAUGAAAAUUUGACAUAGUGGGCUUGGUGUGCUUAUUUUCAUGACUUUGGACACCAGCAGUGAGUCAAACAUAAAAGUAUGAAGAUGGCCAAUGAGACAACUAAGGGACGGAAUAAAUGAGAAUGGCAUCGACAGUGCAAGCCUUCUGUGGACUUCUUUCCUCAUCAUUAUUUUUAAGUUUGGUCACAUUUGUCUGAUCUGUCUGCUUUUGCCUUACAUGACUAUUGAAUUUAUCACAAUCAUGAAAAGAUGCAGGGCCAUUAGGUGCACACACAGUAAACUUCUACUUCAAUAUCAGCAUCUUUUGCCUGUGGAGCCCAAGUUUAACUAAUAUUGUAAUACAUUCACUAAAAUAAGGACUAUUGAGCUUCCUGGUAGAAUUGUAAGUGCUUGAGAAAUAAUAAAAAGAAUAAGCACUUAUUUCCAAUGACAGCGACCUUUAUUAAAAGCCAAUGAGCCCACUGAGAUGUGAUGGAAUUGAAGCAUCUGACCAACUGGCCAAAGCACCAGUGACAUGACAGUGUUGCGGUCACUAUUAAAUAUAUUCAGUCCCCCUGAGUUGUUACAGUCUUUAUCUAAUUUUCAGUUAAUAGAAUUGGCUUUUUUUUUUUUAAUUCUACUCCAUGCAGAAGCCCAUAAUGACAGUAAUCAAUUUUUUUCAAAUAUAUUAAAUAUCAAAACAGUCCUAUUGUUUUGAUAGGACUGUUUGAAGCCCAUGAACAUAUUCAAUUAUCCUUCCCUUCAGUCUUCAUGGACCUGCUGUUGAGCACUCCCUAGCAUGAUGCUGCCACAACUAUGCUUCAUCUUUAUAAAUGAGAUGUGAUGGCGGCUUUCGUGUUUGGUGAUUCCAGGAUCACCUCUGUCUCAUGUAUGACCUCCUUAGCUUCAAUAGGGAAUGUUUUUCAGCUUUCACUGGAUGGUUUGAGAAUUAGUUGCUACCUGAGUUCAUGUCAUGUCACAAUUAUUGAAGCCUUGCUCCAAAAAAUACACUGCUCAAAAACAUAAAGGGAACACUUAAACAACACAAUAUAACUCCAAGUAAAUCAAACUUCUGUGAAAUCAAACUGUCCACUUAG